GAAGGGGGCGGGGCAAGGCCAGGGGAGCCUCGCAAGCGGAGAUUGCCCUUGUGUCUCGAGCUGGGAAGCGGCUGGGAGCGGAGCAGCCUCCCCGCCCGCCAGCGGGACGGGACGGGACAGGCGAGGCGAGUGGACAGGCAGAGGGAUACGUUGGCAGGGGCAAGAGGAGCCAGCAGGGGCACCUGGCACCGCUCCGCGGGGGGGAACCUGAACCUGCCCAGCAAGCGCCGGAGCUAGCGGAGAGAGCCGCUCCCCCCUCCUCCUCCUCCUUCCCUCCCUCCCCAAUCCACCCCCGCGACCCUGGUCCUCCUCCUCCUCCUCACCCCACUGGAUACAGCGAGGGAGACACUGCGGCGGAGGCGGCGGCGGCGGCGGCUCCUGCGGGGGGAAGGAAGCGCCCGGAGAGCGAAGCGGCGGGAGGCUGCGGAUCUGCGUGCCUGGCGCCCACCCAGCCCGAGGGGAGCCCCCAGGAUGCGGCUGAAGCCCGGCGCGCUCCUGCGCUUCUACAGCCUCUGCGGGAUCCUCGUCCAAGUGGCUGCUACAAAGAACAAAGGUAGAGGCAGCCAAGGGCAGUUCCCACUUACACAGAACGUCACGGUCGUUGAAGGAGGAACAGCAAAUUUGACCUGCAGGGUCGAUCAAAAUGAUAACACCUCCCUCCAGUGGUCAAAUCCAGCUCAACAGACACUGUACUUCGAUGACAAGAAAGCUCUGAGGGACAACAGAAUUGAGCUGGUGCGAGCUUCAUGGCAUGAACUGAGUAUCAGUGUCAGUGAUGUGUCUCUGUCGGAUGAAGGGCAGUACACCUGCUCUUUAUUUACUAUGCCUGUCAAAACUUCCAAGGCUUUUCUUACUGUUCUCGGUGUUCCUGAGAAGCCACAAAUUACUGGAUUUACCUCACCAGUUAUGGAAGGAGAGAGGAUGCAGCUCACUUGCAAGACAUCUGGUAGUAAACCAGCAGCUGAUAUCAGAUGGUUCAAGAAUGACAAGGAAGUUAAAGAUGUUAAAUAUUUGAAAGAAGAAGAUGAAAAUCGUAAAACAUUCACAGUCAGCAGCACGCUGGAUUUCCUAGCAGAUCGCAAUGAUGAUGGUGCAGUUGUAAGUUGCAGAGUAGAUCAUGAGUCCCUAAACUCUACACCUCAGAUAGCAAUGCAGGUUCUAGAAAUCCACUAUACACCUUUAGUUAAAAUCAUUUCUUCCAAUUCAUGGCCUGAAGAAGGACAAUCUAUAGUUUUGACUUGUGAAUCCAAAGGAAAACCAAUGCCAGAACCAGUAUUGUGGACAAAGGAUGGUGGAGAGCUGCCAGAUCCAGAGAGAAUGGUUGUCAACGGCAGGGUCCUAAGCAUCAGUUUCCUAAACAAAACAGACAAUGGCACAUACCGGUGUGAAGCCAAAAAUCCUAUCGGCCGGAACAGCACAGAGUAUGUCCUGAUAGUACAUGAUGUUUUCAACACUUUGCUUCCCACUACUGUCAUCCCCUCCCUUACCACUGCAACAGUCCCAACCACUGUAGCCUUAACAACCAGCACAACCACAUCGGCAACAGCCAUCAGCACCAGAGAUCCAAAUGGUUUUGCUGGACAGACUGGACCUGACCAUGCUCUUAUAGGAGGAAUAGUGGCUGUAGUUGUCUUUGUAACACUAUGUUCUAUAAUUCUUCUUGGUCGAUACCUGGCAAGACAUAAAGGAACAUAUUUAACAAAUGAAGCAAAAGGCGCUGAAGAUGCACCUGAUGCCGACACAGCCAUUAUCAAUGCAGAAGGCAGUCAAGUCAAUGCAGAGGAGAAAAAAGAGUAUUUCAUUUAGAUGCAGAGCUAGAAUCGUGGAGUUUUACUUAUCAGGCUGACUGCUGGAGAAAACUGGCUAUCAUUUCUCAGAAUUCAUUUCUGCCAUCUGCUGUCUUUAUUAACUCGCAUACCUGCUAUAAGUAGCCAGUUUAUGCCAACAAUCAGCUGGUGACAUCAUCAUCCUAUAAUUACCGUAUCAUGCGUAAAGCAGGACAUUUCUUAUUGCCUAAAAGUCAUACCCACUGCUCUCUUAACAUACAGUGCUUGAAUAUACAGCCUUAAUAAUGUUCAUCAUCCUCUUAAUCCAAGUUUUCUACAUUUUUAAAUGUGACGCGGCUUUCUUCUUUCUCAGUUUUCUUUUCCCAUGUCUCUACUUGUGUGUCAUAGAACAAUAUUCAUAACAAAUAGUAUUAGGUAAGGAUCUAAUUUACUUACAUAAAAUGUUAAGUCUAAGAUUAGAGGUUUACAAAGAAAGUUUUAUAAAUGUCUAUCUGUAAUUCAAAAAUAUCUUGUUUUUGAGAAAAAAAAAAUGCCCUAGAAAGCAAACUGAAAUCUGCUGGAUAUAGUUUCUUGUAUGCUUGGAUUUGGUGGGAAAAUAAUAUCAGUCCACUGAUUUUUGUUUUUGUUUUGCUUUGUUUUGUUACGUUUUCCAUGGUACCUUGCCAAGAGUGCCAUGUUUCAGUGGUAAACCCAUGCUGAUGCAAGCUCUACAGGUUCCGCAAGGUUAGACAGUAGCGCUUUGUUUGAAACAAAUCCGUCCUGCCCUCUUCCUGCUUUCGGGGACCGCAAAGAUUAGAGAACUUUCAGAGUAACUCCUGGGUUUAUAAUUUAUUUGCUUCACAUGAACUCACCUGCCUACUCAGAUUUGAAGUGUACAUGGGGCACAGCUGCGAGACAUUUUAGUAUCUGUAUAUAGUGCAUAUAAUAAAUUCAAUUAAACAUUAUUUGAUACAUAUUUAACUUUUUUGGCAGUAGCUAAGUCAGUACAAGUCAGCAUUUUCUAAUGUCCAUGAUAUCCCUUUAUAUAUGACUCAAACCAAUAUUCUGAGUAGGUAACACGUCUUAGUGCUUUUUGUCUGUAUGUCCUAGCACUGUUCAGCAGCAGACUUUUCUAGUCCUUGUUAUUUUUUUCUUUGUUAUAAAACGGAAGCACAAUGUUAUAUGGGAAGGUAGUUUUAAGCUAACAACCAGUGCACAGCCUCAGGUUUUAAAUUACAACCACAUUUGAGUACUAUCCUUAAAAAUUACUAUUGAGUUGCUGAAAUCCUUGAUUUUUAAUUUGGCAGUUCCAGAGCUGCUUCUCUAUGUUGGUUUGCCAAAAACAAC